AUGAUGUUCGACCCAGACACUAUCGAUAUUCCCAAGUCUUACGAAACUCUUCCAUUGACCGAUGUUAAAGUCUCCCACCACCCGGCUGGGGCCGUUGAAGCUACCCCUGUUAUUGUGGUGACGCUGGACCGACCAGAAAAGCACAAUUCAUUCACUCUAGAGAUGAUGCAUGUGUUUGAGAAGAUAUACCCUAUGUUUGAUGUUGACGAACGCGUCAAGGUUGUGGUGCUUACCGGGGCUGGCAAAAUGUUCUGUGCUGGUGCAGACCUUGAGAGAGGAUUUAGUGGAAUGGAGAAGGAGAGAAACAAGGACCAUCGCGAUAGCGGCGGCCGUCUCGCCCUGGCCAUCCACCGCUGCCGGAAGCCUACUAUAGCGGCCAUGCAGGGCUCUGCUGUUGGGUUGGGUAUGACAAUGUCUCUGCCGGCUGCCAUACGCAUUGGCUGCCAGAAAUCCAAGUAUGGAUUUGUCUUCCCGCGACGGGGUCUGACGAUGGAAUCAAGCUCUUCAUUCUUUCUCCCGCGGUUGAUUGGUUAUUCCAAUGCUCUUUACUUAAUCACCACUGGUGGCACCUUCCCACCUACGUCGCCGCAUUUUGGGACGUUGUUCCAGGAGACAUACCCUGAUCCAAAUCAGGUAGUUGCGCGUGCGUUGGAGCUUGCCAUGGAAGUUGCAGAGAAUGUUAGCCCCAUGGCAUCAUAUCUUUCGCGGGAACUUAUGUGGCGGAAUCCAGGGAGUGCCGAGACUCACUUAGUUGAUUCGGCAGUGUUAUACCACAUGUUUAGCGGGAGGGACUCAAAGGAAGGCAUCAAAGCAUUCUUCGAAAAACGAAAACCAAAUUUCAAUGCAACUCUUGAGGGUGACGCACCGCACGAGUUUCCUUGGUGGUCUGAUGUUGAUACAGGGAGACGUCCGAAGGCAAGCAAGGCAAAACUGUAG